AAAAACUAACCUCUACAAACAUCGCAAUGAAAACAAUAAUUUAAAUUCCACAAACAACUUUGUUUUGGUGUUAAAAUGGGCAUAGAUUUCGAUAUAUUGGAGCAUUGUAAAAAAGUGCGCGCCGAUCACGGGCCGCCCUACACGUGCCCCGUCGAGAAAUGCGGCAGAACGUACAAAUCCGUAUGCGGCUUGUCCUAUCAUUUGAAAAGUUUCGAUCACGAUAACCCGAACGCCGCUCCUCCCGUGCAAAACACACCGAAAAACAAGAAAGGGAACAGGCACAAAUCGAAAUCAAAGAUACUCCAAACGCCGAGCGCGCCAGAACCCCUUACGUUCGAGGAGGCCCAGAAAAUGGUCCAAUUCGAAGUGGACGGGAUCGUUUGCCGAUGGAACAUUACCGAAGAAUUAGAUGUAUUAUCGAAAGACGAUUCCAUCGAAGAAGACAGCGUUAGUGUUACUAAACCCGAAGAAGCUCGUGUACCUUUACCCGAAGCUAACUUCAGAGAACUCGACGAUUACACUAUUUGCGACGCCCCUCCUAGACCUAUAGGCUAUAUUAGAUUCAUAGAGAAGAGUACAGAAGAGCUUGACGGAGAGGUCGAAUACGACGUCGACGAAGAGGAUACCGCUUGGUUAUCCAUAAUGAACGAACGAAGAGAAGCCCAAGGAUUAGCCCCCGUCUCAAUCGAUUCCCUAGAACUCCUUAUGGAUCGAUUAGAGAAAGAAUCGUACUUUCAAGCUUCGGUGAACGGGCAUUCCGGAGCCGUGGUAGACGACGACGCCGUCUGUUGCAUUUGCAUGGACGGCGAAUGCCAAAACACCAACGUCAUUCUAUUUUGUGAUAUGUGCAACCUGGCCGUACACCAAGAUUGCUACGGGGUGCCCUACAUACCCGAAGGCCAGUGGCUGUGCAGGAGAUGCUUGCAAUCGCCCAGUCGAGCGGUCGAUUGCGUCCUCUGCCCUAACAAAGGGGGCGCAUUCAAGCAGACCGAUCGAGGCAAUUGGGCGCACGUAGUGUGCGCUUUGUGGAUCCCCGAAGUUCGAUUCGCCAACACAGUAUUUCUAGAACCGAUAGACUCGAUCGAAACCAUUCCGGUGGCCCGUUGGAAGUUGACCUGUUACAUUUGCAAGCAAAAAGGCGUUGGGGCGUGCAUUCAAUGCCACAAGGCGAGUUGCUACUCGGCCUUUCACGUGACCUGCGCCCAGCAAGCCGGCCUGUACAUGAACAUGGACACGGUCAAAGACGGCAACGAAUCGCAGCCCGUGCUCGUGCAAAAGAUCGCCUACUGCGAUACGCACGCGCCCAUCGAAAACGGCGAUCCCAAGAAGGACGAGUCGCGCAAGAAGAUGAUCCAAGCGCGUAAAAUGCUGGCGAAAAAGCGCACCUCCGCGCCGGUCAUACUCAUACCGACCAUUCCGCCGGAGCGCAUCCAGGAAAUCGGCUCGCUGGUGACCAUAGCGAAGAAGUCGCAGUUCAUCCAGCGGCUCAUCGCCUACUGGACGCUGAAGAGGCAAUUCCGGAACGGGGUGCCGCUGUUGCGGCGGCUGCAGAGCGCGCAGGGCGGCACGCCGCGCGACUCCAACACCGGCAACGUGGACACGUUGGAGCUGUGCAGACAGCUGAAGUACUGGCAGUGCCUGCGGCAGGACCUGGAGCGGGCCAGGUUGCUGUGCGAGCUCGUCAGGAAGCGCGAGAAGAUCAAAUUGGAGUUUACGAAGGUCAGCGAGAGAUUGAUGCGGAUCAAAUUGAAGCCGCUCGAGGCUAGCUUGAGGAAUAUAUUGGAUCUCAUACAUGCUAAAGAUACGAACGAGAUUUUCACCGAACCAGUCGAUUUAGAAGAGGUGCCCGAUUAUUUGACAGUCGUCACGGAUCCCAUGGAUCUCAGUACGAUGAGAAAAAAAUUGGAUGCCGGUCAGUAUUUAGAUCUCACAGCUAUGGAGAAAGAUUUUAAUCUAAUGAUAGCUAAUUGUUUAGCUUACAACAACAAGGACACUGUCUUUUACCGCGCCGCCAUAAAAAUGCGAGAUCAAUGCAGCGUGAUAUUCCGUCAAGCGCAAAAGGAACUAGAAGCGGCCGGUUUGUUAACAUCAGAAAAAGAAAACGCGAAGAAAUCGUCAACUGGACAAGUCGAGGAAUCAUUCGCUUCCGAUAUAGACAAAGAAUUGGAAAGCCUACAAGGUAAAACCGGUGCCGAUGUGAUUACCAAGCUCGAAGAUCUAUUGGCGAAGAGUCAAGCUUUAAAGCACGGCUUGGCCAGAGCCAAGCGGGUGAAAUUGGUCAGGAGCGAAUUGAAUCGCGUCAAAAGGAAUUUGACCAGCCAGAAGGACGCCGAUCAGACGUCCCAGAGCGAUUUCGACGUCGAAAACGACACCAAAAGCGGCUCUACCAACGCUUCCCCUUCCGGAGUUAAUAGACGAACAGCCGUGCUGUUUACGAAGAAAGCUCAAGCCGCCCUAAAGAAGGAAGAUAAGGAUAAGGAGGAGAAAGAGCCGAUCGGUCCGUCGGCUAAAUCCAAGAAGAAAUCCAAAAGCUCCCUAUCGUCCAAUAAAGACAAAGACGCCGUGCCCGAUAGCUUCAAAGUCUACCGCGCCGGCACCCAGUCUACCGACGAUGACAAUUCCGAUAGCGAUAACAGCCUCUCCACCUGCUACUCGCAUAGCCUCUCCGAAAUACUAUCCGAAGAAGACAGCGAAUCUUCGGAGUCCACGGCUCACUCGGCCACCGAUACGCAAAACAUCGAGAAGGAACUGAAGCCGAUGCAGCUGGUGUGGGCGAAAUGCAGGGGCUACCCGUGGUAUCCGGCGCUGAUAAUCGACGCCGAUAUACCGAAGGGUUACGUUUAUAAGAGCGUGCCCAUACCGUCGCCGCCGCAGGAGGUGCUCGACUUGGCGAAAAACCACACGGAGGACGUGUACUUGGUGUUGUUCUUCGACGCGAAGCGCACCUGGCAGUGGUUGCCCAUCGAGAAAUUGGAGCUGUUGGGGUUGGAUGCCGAGAGGGACGAGGCCAAGGUCAACGAGUCUAAGAAACCAACGGAUAGAAAAGCUGUUAAGAAAGCCUACGAGAACUCGUUACAAUAUCAGUCUCAAAUUAGUGAGUACGAUGGGAAAAAGGAUGGUAAAUAAUUUGCCAUAAUAGUGUACAGAAAUUGUUUUUUUUAA